CAAACUUCUCACCAUCAACAACCACAAGCUCCAACCCAAGACGCCUGCUUCUAGAAUAGGUCAACAAUCCUUGAAUCUGCAGUCAACUCUAUCAUACCAUACUAGACGAUUUACUCUUCCGACUUUUGGCAAACACCACCGCUCGCAGCUCUCAAACAAUCGCAGUCAUGGCUCUGGUUCCUUCCGCCACUCUUUCCGUCGCCCAAUACAGAUCCUCGGCCCAGAAGAUCGCAAGCAAUGACUCUCCUAGGGUCAUUGGAUGGCUGACGAAGAACCACACGGACGACAUGCCUUGGGUCGUGCGGGUCAAGUCGGAGUUCUACCAAGUCAUCAUGGACGCCUUUCCCAACUACCUGCAGUUCAUCAGCACAUCGCGCGACCACGGCGCGGUCAACGGAGUCGCAAUGCUUUCGACUUCUCACGAGGUCCACACCGAGGGAGGUUUGAGCCGCCCGCAAGUUCUGUACCGAGUCACCCACAGAGGCCAGCCCAACAACGGUAUCAAGUCCAGACUGAAGCGCGGAAGCGAUCCCAUCUUCCUGCAGCUGCAUCUCCAGAAGCACCUAAACGUGCGAUGCCGAGAACGAAGCCCUUUCCUAUCGGCUACUCCUGAUAGAGUCAAGGCGCUCGAACUAGCCGCCAAGCAAGCUGCCAAGGGCAUCCCAGGCGUUCAGGUCAUCGAGUUCAAGACAAGCGGCCCAGGCUGGGACCAUAACACCCAGAGACUCUGGGGUGCCAGGUCCUUGCUUCUGCAGUUUGGCCUGGACACCGCGCCCAGAUUUGACAAGGAGUACCUUGUGGAGCACUCCAUCCCUGAGGAGAGCAUCGUCAGUCGCCUCGACUGGAAGCAGGACAAACAGAAGCUUGAUCCUUGGGGCCAUUACAUGAGAAAGGCCGUCAGGGAUUUCAGACGCAAUAAAGGAAACCAGGAGCGCGCGAAGGAGGAGAAGAACGAGGCAGCGGCGGAGAAGCGCAAGGCCGGCGACCUGGGCGAGCUCGAGCCUGAGCCCAAGAAGAGAAAGACUGGAAAGUGGGUUAAAGUCGGCAUCAAGGUGGGCCGCAACACUGGCGCGUGA